AAUAGAAUAAGAGGACGGUUACUACAGCGGUUUCUUGUUGCCAUGGAUACGCAACGACUCUCCUGCUGGUUUGUUUGUGUUGGACAGAAAAAGUUUAAUUUUACAGCGUUUGACUUUGUUCUUGUCUAAAAAUGGAUGAUACUGGAAGUUUAGAAAUCAGAUGGAUACAAGGUUUUACAGGCAAGAGCAUCACCUUUGUCGACAAUAAAACAGCGUGUUAUCCAUGUGGGAGUUGUAUCUCUUUCCUGAACCUGGAGACAAAAGCUCAAAGUGUGUUACAGAGUCCUGGCAGAGGUGUUGGGGCAUUCACUGCCAAUGCCAACAACGGGAUUUUUGCUUUCUCUGAGCAAAAGCUGUGUCCAUCUAUAUUUGUAUACGUUUUUAAGGAGCUUCACUUGAAGAAUGAACUAAAAGGGGGAGCCCAACUAGACUACACAUCUCUGACAUUAAGUGAUGGGGGUCCUUAUUUAGGCUGUUGCUCAUCUCUACCAGAGUACACCAUAACUGUGUGGAACUGGGAGAAUGCUGAGCAAAUAUGUUCAAAACCAAAUGCUGGGCAAGGAGUUGUUUCAUUGCUGUUCAACCCCCUGAACUGCCUCCAGCUCUGUGCCCAGAGCACUGCCGGCCUCACUGUGUGGAAUAUUGAGAAGAGUGGCAGCUUUCAUGACCUGAGACCAAGUGUGAUAAACCUUCCAGCAACUGAUGGAUCCUUUGUUGAAGGUUUGACUGCUACCUUUCAUGCUGCCAAUGAAAAAAUUCCCUAUUUUGGUCCAGAGAUGCCUCCAUCAGCCAUCACAGGGCUCCACGGAGACAAGGCAGAAAGCAUUGUGACUAAACUCUGCACCAAGGCCAGACUGACUCCUACUGCCAUCUGCUGGACAGCGAAGUCAGGGCUUUAUGUCGGCUGUGCUGAAGGCUUUCUACUGCUUGUUGAUCCAGAGAGUCUUUCUGUCUCGAUCCUCUUCAACCCCACAACAGAUACAAGUCCUGAACUGAGACGGAUCGGCUUUCAAGGUUUAACCCUUAACAAGACUGGUUUGACUGCUAUAGGAAAGGAGUGUGUGGUGCACUGUCUGCAGUUCAAAGAGACACAGAUUAACAUCACUCAAACGUGGCAACUAGGAGAUCCUGUCACAACUGUGAUGCACUCACCAGACUAUGAGACAUUACUUGUACCCUCUAAUACAGGGCAAAUCUACAAGUUGAACCCAACAUCAGACGAGGUUGUGAAGAUCCUGGAUGUUCUGAGUGGCAACUUUGUGGCAGCAGCUGUGUCGCACACUGACAGAAACAUUUGUGUGUCAGUGAGGGAGUCUGGAAAUCUGCAGCUGUGGUCCACAGAUGGCCUUUGCCUCGGUUCCCUGUCGCUUCAGACUGAGGUGACAAGUCUGGCCUGCUGUCCUGUUGCACAGUACGCAGCAGUGGGAACAUCUUCAGGAUAUGUCCUUUUCAUUGACCUGAACAGGGAGCUGCAGCCUCGCUUGGUGCAUCAGGUUCACCUGUACCACUGUCCCGUGAAUCACCUUGUCUUUGAUAAAGAAGGACACUAUCUUUUCACUGGUGGCUCGGAUUCUCAUAUCUAUGUCCUGGAUGCAAAGCCAUCGCAAAGGUUUUCAGUCAUGGGAUACACAGUUGUUUCUGGACCCAUUUUAUCACUGUCCGCACAAAACAUCCGGACUUCCAAACAGGUGAAAGUUCUUGCAUUGUGCAGUGGAGAGGAGGGCAGACAUCAGAAUGGUAAUCUUCUCACGGUGCUGACUCUGCCUACAGGGGAUCUUUCAGAUUGUGUAGACAAACACGAUUGUCUGUCUACGAGCAUCCUGAAAGUGUCCAGAUAUGAAGUGCCUCAUCCUCUUGUAUCCUGUGUCCUGGGCAUCAGUGAAGUCUUUGCUUACUGCCACAAGAGGAAAACUCACCAGAGAUUUCAGCUUCCACAGGACACAGACGGUCCCUCCAGUAAAGAGGUAGUCCAACUAAAACCAGAGCAGGAAGUGAAAGGUCAUCCCCUUGGCCCUGCCUCUGUGGCUCUGUCUCCUCACAACUUGUGGCUGGCUUCUGUGGGCCGAGAUGGUUUAUUACUCAUCAGAGAAACCGCCUCCAUGGAGAAAUACAUCGAGCUGCAUUGUCAUUCAAGCCGUCUGGAUGGAGUGAGGAGUGUAUCUUUCUCAGCAGACAGUCAAUCACUCCUCACUGCCGGCUAUAAAGACGCCUCUCUUCUGUGCAUUAAUCUCAGAGAUAAAGGUUUGAAUGCUGGCAAGCUGAACGAAGCCACUCAGUACAGCAAGUCCAUGGAUCACUUAUUGAAGGACAUAUUCAGUAAAGAGAAUGACGUCCUCAUUGACAUGCCGGAGUGGGGCCAAGAGUCGAUCCCCUGCUCUGACAAACCACAGGAAAGUGAGAUCAGCGCCGAAGAAGCAGAGACCGUGGAAGUGACUGAGCAGGAUGAGAGUUAUAACAGCCUGCUGUCUGCUCCACCUUCACACCUCACAUGGCUGGAGAGCAGGCGAGAGGCGGCUCUAAAAGAAGAGAAUGAACAAUAUUCUGAGGCAAAGAAGAGCAUGAGGAAAACUAUCAAAGAGCUGCGUGACACUAUCCAGGAUAUGAUUCGUGAAAAUGAGACACUCCCCGACAUUGAGCGUCUUGAACUUCAUGAAUUUAACCUGGAUAUCGAGGAGCAGAAGAGGCUGGAGGCCAUGGUGCAGCAGGAAGUUAUCAAAGUGAGGAGUGAAGUUGAAUGGGAGAUGUUAGCCAAGUGUUACCUACGUGAUGUCCUAAAGAAAGAAUGUUGGGAUUCAAUGAAGGUCAAAGGAAAGGCCAUCAGGGCCUUUCACUCUGAACACGAGGUGAAAAACUACCCUCUGAGGGAGCGAACAGAGGAAGAGGAGGAGGACCUUCGCAGGGUUCAGGAUAUAAGGAAGUUUGAAAAAGCUGCCUGCACCCAGAGAAGCUUAGAGAAAUGUUCCAAAACACCCGGAGCGAAGGAGGAAGAGCAGGGCGAAGAAGGUCGCGGGGCAGAGAGUGCCGCUGUCUCAGGAAGUUUCUCUGCAGAGUUAGGAUAUUCAGAUCCUCACAUUUACGAUCAGUUCAGCCUGCAAACCACUGAACAGAGGAUCAACCAGAUGAUUCUGCUACAGGAUUUGAUUUAUCGCAUCAAGACUGGGUUCAACGCGGACUUUGAGACGGUGCACAGACAGAAGGUGCAGGAGCUCAGCCGUGCCAGGGAGAGGAACCGGCAAAUCAGGGAGAUCAUGCUGGAACUGGACAUGAACGAGACGCUGUUGGAGCCAACCCUGACCGUCAGCGAGUGUCCAGAGAGACUUCUCACUGUGGAGGACUCUGAGAUAAAGGCAGAGAAGUAUCUCACCCCAGAACAGAGAGAGGAGGAGGAGAGGAAGAAAUUGGAAGAGCAGAAGCGACUGGCUGCCAAAGGGGAUAGCCUCAGAGAGAGAGCUCUCGAUGAUAUGAUGGAUGGAGCGCUUGAAGUGAAAAAAGAGAACAUCUUGAAAGUGGAAAUACCUCCGCCUGAGUUUGUUUUGACCAAACCUUCGAUCCACUGGACCGAGGAGGAGAGGAGAGUCCACAAAGAGUAUGAAAAUAAAGCCAAAGACCUGAGCGAGGAGAAGGAGAAAUAUAGAAAGUCAAUGGGAACUGAAAUAAAAAAACUGCAGGCAGUCACCAAGGAUGCCACUGAGAGGUUUGAUGGAACUGUGAAGCAGCUGUUUGAGAAGAAAAUCAAAUGUGAAAUGACUGUAUACCAGGAAGAGCUUAAGAUUACUUAUCUCGCCUACUCCGUCCUCAUUGAAGAGGAGAUGAGAAAUCGAGAGCUCGAGCUCAAGCUCAAACUUGAAAAAACGGUGGCAUUCAAGGAUGAAAUUGGCGAGCAGCUGAAGAAACACGAAGAAGAAGUGGAAUUGUUUCAUGAGAACUAUAGCACCAUCGUGGUUGACGACAAAUCUCUUGACAAAGACUUCAGGAAGGAGUUCUUUAAUGUUCCCGGCCAUGUGGUCGAUAAACUUUACAAGCUAUUCAAACGUAGACCCAGGGUUCAAAAGAUGAGGACCCAGACCGCCAACAACACCAACCCAUUUAAAGAGCAGCGCCUGUGUGGUUCUCUGGCUCCUGAUGCGCUUGGAAAAAUGCUGAAGGCCAUGGAGGAGCUGGAUGCUCCAGAGAAUAUGCCAGAGGGUUUGAACCGCUCCAUCUGGGAGAAGUUUUGUCUUGUCCGCAGAAUGAAAGUAGAGAGCGAGCAAAAGGUCAAAUUAAAUGCUUUGACUCUAGCUGAGAUGCAAGCAUUCCUGCAGAAGAGGAGAGACGAGGACAAGGCUGCACAUCAAGAAAUUAAGAAUCUAUCUGAUGAGCUUGAACGUUUGCACAGACAGAAGAACCGUUUCCUGAUGGACACCAUGGUCCAGGUCCUGCUCAAACCAGACCAAGUGGAGGUUGCUGUUGCCGACAUGACUGCUGACUACACCGACUCCGUGCUUUACCCCAAGAGUGUGGUGGAGGACCUUAAUAGAACCAUCAGGACUCUUGGUGGGCAGAAGAUCGCCUCCAUGGUGGAGUGCAAAGACUUCCGUAAGGGCAUCAUCCAGCUGCAGUGGGAGCACAGAUGGCUGACAAUGCAGAUAGAGGACCUCAACAACAAGAAGAGAGACAUUCAGAAGUUAAAACUCACAAAGGAGCAACAGGAUUACCUCGACAAUGCAGAUCAAGACAGCCGUGUGUCCAAGCAGGUUUCCUCUCUGGAGAAAACUGUAGCUUUCCAGGAAAAGACUCAUCUACAGAGCGUGCAGCAUCGCAAAAAAAUGAUUGACCAGCUAAAAAGGCAGGCAGCACUGAAAGUGAAAAAGAGUGGAGUUGUGGAGCAACGGCUACCCGACAUGCAGGUGGCUGUGGCAGAAAGGAGACUCGUCUAUGAAGAAAUCGCUCCAGAAGAAAGCCAGGCAGCCUCAACAGAGGAGCGCUACCAGGAAGUUGUUCAGAGGUCAAGGUUGAAGGAUUUAGUCAAAGCACAGGAGGAGGACCUGACUCUCCUCUGGGCAGAAGUGGAUUGUCUGAGGAGGAAGAACUUCCCUUCACUUGACCAGCUGAAACACACCUGAGCAAAGACUUCUCUUCAACAGAUUACACAUUUAUUUAUGAUUUUCUUUGCAAGUAUACAUUUACAACUCAGGCACAUGUGGAUUCAAACAGAACAGCAGCAACAAAUAAAACAAUAAGUGAACGCAUAUUUGAAA